AUGGACGAAUCAAAAUUUAUCACGGCCUGCAGCGUUGAAACAGACGAGGACAUUCUCAGCUCUGCUGAGAGUGAGGAGUCGGAUGGUGAAUGGGAUUAUGACUAUCUUCCUCAGCAAUUGACUGGCUCACAGCGAUUGGUGAGGUUUUUCCAAGCUCGGAAGUACAAGACAUCGGCCUUGACACUGAUCGUGUGUUUUUCUUUGGCGCAAACAGCUGAGUUCGUGGCCGAUGAAGACUUCCGACAGGCUACCAUGGCCUCGAUGGGUGAGGUUCCACGAGCCAACUACUGCAGCAUCGCCUUUUUCGCACAGGUUCUGAGCUUCAUAACUGCAAUAACUCUGUCAACAUGGGCAGAAGGUGGCUUCACCUACAUUCGUCGAGUGCUCACCAUGACGCGCAUCUUUCACUUUGGCCUGAUCGGAAUUAUUUUCCUCAUCUCUGAAGGAUUUAUGGUUGCAGCUGGUCAGGGUGAAGGUGCAAAGCUUUGGUCCAUUGUGGCUCCACACGUGGGCAUUCCUGUGGCGGCUUUCUUCAGUCAGUUGUACUUUCAGAGGCACUACACGGCCAUGUGA